AUGCCGAAAAGCCCCAAUACUAAAAGCUUCCACAGCAACACAAACAAGGCCAAAUCACAAUCUAGCAAGGCUAACAACAUGCACUUGAAGCCACAAACCCAUCAAACACAACAUCAAUAUGGAGGUAAGAAUCUAAAGGCAUAUAAUAAACGUAGAUUUAGUAUUGCCAAUUCAACUAGUUCGUCAUCUUCACAGGAAUAUUUGUCUGAUAAUGAGUCAGAAAAGACGAGGACAACAACCCACAACAACACAGGCUCAAAACACGUACAAUAUCUUGAUUCAGAUUCGGAUUCAUCAUUGACUGCUAUUUCCGAUAAUGAAUUUACAAAAUCGAUUCAGUCAAUCGGCAAGAAAUCACGAGGCAAAAGAAAUGUUAGUGGGAAAAAGGGGAAAACUUAUGGUAGAAAAGCAAUACCGAGAAAAUCCCUUGGUUUAUCAAAACAAAACCUUCAAAAUUAUGAAAAUGAAGUGAUUGAAAUUUCAUCUGGUCAUGAUGAUGACGAUGACGAUGACGACGAGGUGGAUGUUUCGGAUUUGAUUUCGGAUGUUACAAAAGCUCCAAAUGGAGAUAGUGGCGAAGAAGAAGAAGAAGAAGAAGAAGAAGAAGAAGAAGAUGAUGAUGAUGAUGAUGAUGACGAUGACAGUGAGGACAAUGAAAAAGAGCAUGUGGCUGGUUUAUAUGCUCUUAUGAAUAAUGGAAAGCAACUACGUGCCGACGACUCGGAUGAAAGUAAUGAUGAAUCAAAUGAAUCCAAUGAUGAAGGGUCAGACGAAGAAAUGCCUAGUUCAUCCGAUGAUGAUUCCGAUGUCGAUUUCGUGAAAUUGCAAAAACAACAGAAAGCCAACUCUUUACAAGCAGCAAGGGCAAGAAAAGGGUUGAAAAAGGAGCAGAAAUGGAAAGCAGACAAUGAUGACGCAACUACCAAAGGCUCUAGUGUAAAGGAGGAACAAGACAAAUCGAAAAGGGGACAUUCAAAACAGAGGAAAAAUUCAAUCAAAUAUGGGAGAAGAAAAUCUGAUGUUAUAUUACCCGAUAUAAACUUCAAAUUCGAGUUUGAUAACGUUGAUGACAUCGAGGAGGAAGAGGAAGAGGAAAGUAGAGACCAACCCAAGGGCUCAAAACCAGACGCCUCCAUCAAACAUCAAGCCGUUGAAGAAGAAGAUGUUGGCGAAGAAGUUGACUAUUCUCCAACAAUACCAUUAGAUUCCAAUCAACAGCAGAAUUUUGAAUUUGAAUUUGACCAAGAUCUCCUACAUAUUCCUAAGAUGAAUGAUAGUGACUUGAAUUCUGAUGAGGAUUACGAAAUUGAUGAUAAUGAAUUAUUGGCCACUUUACAAGCUGAAAAUGAUGUUGAUGAGUUUCUACUACCGGCAAACAAUGAUUCUGUCAUUUGUGAUAAAGAUUCAGGAGAUAAAUCCUCUGCCAAUGUGAAUAAACGUAAUUCAGUCGUGUUGGCAUCUACUGGUACUGAUGCAGAUCUGGAGGGUGGUGUUACUGGAGAUGAUGACGAUGAUGAUGACGAUGAAAAUGAUCCAUUUUUGAAAGAAGAGGAGAAAUUUCUUGUUAAUGAGUUUGAAAAUAACGGAUUUGAUGAUAAUGGCGAAGAUAAGUUUGACAGUAACAAUGUGUUUGACGAGGACGAUGAUGAAGAAGAAGAUGAAUUUACUUUUGAUGAUAGUGAGUAUUCCACAUCGAAACGUAUUGUUAAUUCGUUUAAAGGCAUAGGUGAAGAUCGUAGUAAACCAAUUGUUCAAUACGAAAGCAGUGCUUCAAAAGAAAGUGAUUACGAUGAAGACGAUUAUGUUGAUUUCAUUGAUUUUGAUGUGCCCUUUUUCGACGAGAGUGAUGAUGGAAAAGUUAAAGGUGCGCUCACAUCACCAAGUAAGAAGUCCAAGAACAACAAGCAGAGCAAUAGUGAUGAAGAUGAUGAUUCGUAUUUGUGGAAUUAUUUUUUCAGUUCAGAUAAUGAUUCAUCGAGUGAGGCUGACAAGGAUAAUCUUGUUCAACAUGACAAUAGUUCAAGAAAGAGGAGAAGAAGUAGUAAAGGACGGAAAUUAAAGUCCACUCACUCCAAUGUCGAUGAAUUAUUCAAUGAAAUUGAUCGUAAUAGGACAUUCAAGACAAAAAAACCAGAUCAUAAUGCUACAAAGUUCAAAACUAAGAAUAACAGAGAUCUCGGUAGUCGAUUUGAUGGUGAUGCUUCAUCAGUGGCUGGGUAUCCAGGUCAUUAUGGAGAUGAUGAAGAUAGGUAUGAUGAUAAUGCCUAUGAUAGUUCUGAAUCGACUGAUGUUGAUGAAUCCUUACCAAGAAAUACCAAUACUUCGCCACAAAUCGGAUCGAAAAAGGCUACAGAAGUGCUUUCUUCCAAAACUGCCGAUUAUCGUCCACCAAUGUUGGGAUCAUGGGUAACUAUUGAUAGUAAACCAUUUGGAAUUAAUGGAAUGAGCACGCGGUCAUUGCAACACCACCACCACCACCACCAGCAACAACCAUUGAACAAUAAGUCACAAGAACCACGUGGAAUGACUGAUGAUCAUCGUUCUUAUUCAAAUGCAUCACACCCUGCAUUAUCUUCCGGACAAAGCUUGAAUCAAGCAAUUUCCAAGAGGAAAAGCAUUGGUCAAGUACGACACAAUGUGCAAUCUCAAAUGCCAAUAAUGCAAGGUCAACAAAAUUCCGAUGAGCUGGUCUUAGGGUUGGAUGAUUUACUCAAUGUUAGUGAAUUAGAUAAUGAUGAUGAGAAUGAUGUGAGAAUAUGGCGUGAUUUUAACAAUGCUCAGAAAUCAAGAGUUCCUCUUGGUGCAUUUAGGAAUAAAUCGAUACUUCAUAAUCAUCAUCAUCGUCAACAACAACAGCAAGAGGAGGAAAUGCCACACCACCAUCAACACAGUCGUCGUACUAGUAAUUCGCACGUACAGAGUCACCCUCACCCUAGUAAGCACAAUAUCAACAUGGGACAACAGGUAUCUGGAACUGUGAAGAGAAGGAAGUCGUCAUUGGGACCAUCGGUUGGUGGUGCAGUAGCUCCAGUAGUUGCCACUGGUGUUGGUACAACAACGACAGCAGGUGCUACAGCAGGUGCUCCUGGGUAUAGAUCUACUAAAUCGGGGUUGUUCAGUGAAGCAGCAUUAGCUAGUGUGGAAGAGAUGUUGGGAGAUGAUUAUGAUGUGAUGGCAUUAAUUGAACGAUUGUAA